AUGAAUGAAGUGGUGGGAGGUGACGUUCGAACCAACGAGCCCGGGCAGCCUAAGGGUGCAUCCGACAAAAUCCAAGUGGAUGAAGGAGCCCUGGGAAUACGGUCAUUGAAGCCAGGCCAUCAAAGAGCGACAUCACUCAGAGGAACAGCCGAGUCGGUCAGCACUCAUCUCAAUGCUCAAGUCACUGUUGGCGACAACCAACCGACUGGCCUUCUCAACCAUUACCACUUUUUGUCGAUCUCCACAGCAGAUGCGGCUGCUUACAACUGGUCACAGCCGGACAACUUACUCCUUCAAGUGGACGGCAACGGGUUGAACAUCGAUCAUGAUUUUGACUGGGACAUUCCCGGGCUUGAUGACUUGCUGGAUCCUACGCAGGCUGCCCCGGAGGAAGAUUUUGGAGACCUCGUUUGGCCGAUUGAUGAGUCUGAACGAUCAACUGAGGCCCCUUCCGACCUGAUUGCAAGUUUUGUGGCAUCUUACUAUUCUCCAAAUUAUAACAGCCUUGAAGUGUUAUAUCGACAGCCUCAAUCUCCAAGUGGUUCUCCGGAAAUGAUACGACAUCUUUUUGAGCAGCAGACAUGCGCCAUUCUCUCGAUCAAGGACGACGAGACCAAAAAUCCAUGGCGAACGCUGGUGUGGCCAUUAGCAUCUGGUUGUCCUGCACUUUACCACGCGCUCGCUGCAAUGACCUGUCUGCACAUGUGCAGGACUCAGUCGCAAUUGCGGAAUAUUGGAUUGCAGCAUUUUCAAUCCGGUGAGAAAGCUCUCGUCAAUGGCGAGAACAACGGCAAUAUGGUCCUAGAAGGGGCGAUUGCGACCAGGCUAGCACUGGGCUUUGCCGAAACAUGGGACCAUCAGAGGUCGUCGACAGGAAUGGGUCACAUCAACCGUGCCAAGGUACUCAUCCGACAGGCUGCUUCCAGACACUUGACGUCGAGGCUAGCUGCACGGGACGUGAGCCGUCUGAGCUUUCUGGCAAACACAUGUCUGUACAUGGACGUUAUUGCCCGUUUGGUGUGUAUGGAGCCUCAGAUCGUCAACAACGCCGAAUUCAUGACCGCUUGCACGUCACUCAGCAGCGCCAUCCCCAGUGAACAGCAACUGGACCCACUCAUGGGCUGCGCGAUCACACUUUUCCCGUUGAUCGGUCAGCUCGCCGAACUGGUGGCCUGUGUUCGAAGGAGGGCCGAGAAGCGCAACUCCCCAGCGAUCAUCUCCAGGGCGAUAGAAUUGAGAAUGGCAAUCGAGGAUUGGGCUCCGCGGGUGGACUCAGAGGGCGGAGCCACAAUCAGCCUCAGUAUCACCAACUCGAUCCAGACAGCAGAAGCCUACCGAUGGGCGUCGCUGCUGCUCCUCCGCCAGGCAGUCCCUGAACUUCCCUGGGUGCACUCGAUAUGGGAAUUGGCAUCAAAAUGUCUUGUCUUUCUCGCAACCAUACCGAUGUCGUCCCGUACGAUUAUUGUGCACACAUUCCCGCUCAUGAUAGCAGGAUGCGAAGCCUUCGAGGAAGAUGACAGGGAUUGGGUACGCAAACGCUGGGAUCUCAUGUCCAAACGCAUGAUCACAGGAAUCGUAGACCGAUGCAGAGAAAUCACAAUAGAGGUGUGGCGACGGAGGGACGAAUAUGAAACGCGGUAUGGGAUCGUGUGUGGGAAGCCUCCGUGCCGCUCCGCGUCGAUUGCAGUUGGGGCAGUUAGGGACGGUUCCCCGAGUCGUGCAUACUCUGGUCUUCCAAGGUCAGUCGUGGAAGAGACGACUCGGUUUGACACAGGAGCACGCCCUCGGUUGGCAUCCGACUUCCCAGAUUCGGCAGCGUUCAAGAAGGGCAUAGACCCAGUGACGAGAGCAGGAUUUAUCGACUACACGGUAAGAGGAGAUCUGCAUUGGUUAGCCGUCAUGAAAGAUUGGAAUUGGGAGGUCAUGCUUGGAUGA